AUGAACAUGCACAAGUUGAAGGUAAGCAAGUUUCAAGAAUGCCAGUUGCUUGAAGGAAAUUCUGGGAACAUGUCUGGGUCUUCCCAGCAAUUGCGUGCUCAAAUGACCAAUACUGAAGCGAACUCGGGCAACCAGAAAUCUCGCAGUCACAGCCUGGAUUGGGCAGUGCAGGGAAUUGAUCAACUAAAGCCGAAUUCAGGUCUACAAGUACAUCAGCCGGAUCUACUGGAUCAGAAUCGAUUUCCCCUGUCCUCAUCAAUCCAGCAAGCAUUAGAACAAGCUCAGGCACAAGGAUGUAUUGGAAGCUCACCUAAUUAUGGGUUUGGUGGAUUACCACGGGGUGGAUUGAAAGUAAAAGAUGCUGAGCUGGAAAAAAAUAAAGGAUCGAUGUGUUCACAAAAGAACAAUAACAGAGAAAGAAAACAGCAGUCGUCUUCUGGACCAACUAAUAGUAAGGGUAAGGUAAACACAAUGGAUCUUUCACCAAAAUCCCCGGUAUCGACUCAUACCCCUGGCGAUGAGAAAAAUACUGCUAGUAGUCCGCAGCAUGUAAGCAUUGGACAAAAAGGGUUGAUGAUGUAUGGUUCGGAAACAGCAGGUCUUGCAUCACCUGAAAAUCAGUUGGGUUUAGAGUUGUGGAAUAUUGCUGAGAAUAAAAUCAUGACAGUUCGAGCACAUGAAAAUAUGGUUGCUGCUUUAGCACAGUCCACUAUCUGUUGCAUUCUUUGCAUAAUUGCAUUAGUGUCAUUGGUGAUGACAGCCAACACAGAAAACUUAGAAGUAGAUGAUGGAUCAAGAGAUAAAAAUCUUGAUACAAAAACAUUUCAUGAAAUUAAAGUUGCAUUUGCUUUCCUCCAGUUGCUUGAAGGAAAUUCUGGGAACAUGUCUGGGUCUUCCCAGCAAUUGCGUGCUCAAAUGACCAAUACUGAAGCGAACUCGGGCAACCAGAAAUCUCGCAGUCACAGCCUGGAUUGGGCAGUGCAGGGAAUUGAUCAACUAAAGCCGAAUUCAGGUCUACAAGUACAUCAGCCGGAUCUACUGGAUCAGAAUCGAUUUCCCCUGUCCUCAUCAAUCCAGCAAGCAUUAGAACAAGCUCAGGCACAAGGAUGUAUUGGAAGCUCACCUAAUUACGGGUUUGGUGGAUUACCACGGGGUGGAUUGAAAGUAAAAGAUGCUGAGCUGGAAAAAAAUAAAGGAUCGAUGUGUUCACAAAAGAACAAUAACAGAGAAAGAAAACAGCAGUCGUCUUCUGGACCAACUAAUAGUAAGGGUAAGGGAAACACAAUGGAUCUUUCACCAAAAUCCCCGGUAUCGACUCAUACCCCUGGCGAUGAGAAAAAUACUGCUAGUAGUCCGCAGCAUGUAAGCAUUGGACAAAAAGGGUUGACGAUGUAUGGUUCGGAAACAGCAGGUCUUGCAUCACCUGAAAAUCAGUUGGGUUUAAAGUUGUGGAAUAUUGCUGAGAAUAAAAUCAUGACAGUUCGAGCACAUGAAAAUAUGGUUGCUGCUUUAGCACAGUCCCCUGUAACAGGAAUGAUUGCUUCCGGAAGUCACGACAGUUCUGUCAAGUUAUGGAAAUAA